AUGCCUUUCCGCCUCGCUACAAUCACCCUCAUGCUUACCUACGGUAUCAACCUCACAAAUGCCGCCCAUGCCGGCUUUCAUGUCCAGUUCCCAUGGCUGUCUCGUGGUCCAAAACCGAAGAUCCAGACCGACUUUGAUCCUUUCUGCGGGGAAAUAAUACAUAAUCCUGGCAAAUACGAUCACCGCUCACGCACUUUCCUGUCCUUCUCCGGCCAUCCUGGAGACCUUGUGACGACCCUCUAUACCCGGAAUAGAGUGCCCAGGAAGAGAGAUGACUUUCCCCAUGUCAUUCUGCAAGAUGUGCCUAUUGCAACAUCAGGGCAGCUAUGCGUAAAUGUCACAAUACCAUUUCCGACAGAACUUGACGAGAUGGGAGUCAUGUAUUUUGAGGCAAGGGAUCCUAAGACAGGAAAUGUCGAGCACUACUGCUCCGACGUCAGGAUGGUUGACAUGACCGCUCUGCCUGAGGAGCAUCCGGCUAUGUGUGCGGCCGACAAUAAGACGCUCAUCCCAAUGCCUGAUGAGUAUCUAUAG